GAGGAAAACCAAACUUGGAGGAACCCGAGACGUCCAAACCAGCAAGACGACACCUCUGCUCCCAGAUUGGAAAGAGUUUUACCAAGUUAGGAAGUCUAAAAAGACAUGAGAGGACACAACCAGGAGAGAAGUCAUACAAUUGCGCACAGUGUGGAAAGAGUUUUAACCAGUUAGGAAAGCUGAAAGUUCAUGAGCGAAUACACACAGGGGAGAAGCUUUUCCAUUGCGCCCAGUGUGGAAAGAGUUUUAACAAGUUAGGAAACAUGAAAUCGCAUGAGCGAAUACACUCAGGAGAGAAGCCUUACCACUGCUCCCAGUGUGGAACUAGGUUUACCAAAUUAGGAAGCCUGAACAGACAUCAGAGGACACACACAGGGUCGAAGCCACACCAUUGCUCCCAGUGUGGAAAGAGUUUUAACCAGUUAGGAAACAUGAGAUCUCAUGAGCGAAUACACACAGGGGAGAAGCCUUUCCAUUGCUCCCAGUGUGGAAAUAGUUUUAGCCAGUUAGGAAGCCUGAAAGCUCAUGAGCGAAUCCACACUGGGGAGAAACCUUACCACUGUUCCCAGUGUGGAAAGCGUUUUAACCGGUUAGGAAAGCUGAAAGAACACAUGAGACUGCACACAGGGGAGAAGCCUUACAAAUGCUCAGACUGUGGGAAGACAUAUUACUCAUCACAGUCACUUAAAAGUCAUAUGAAAAUCCACACAGGAUAGAAUAAUUACUUAUCCUAGUGUGUAAAUUGAUAUUUCACAUCACAUUGACUUCAUUACUUCUCCUAGUGUGUAAAUUGAUAUUUCACUUCACAUUGACGUCAUUACUUCUCCUAGUGUGUAAUAUUGAUAUUUCACAUCACAUUGACUUAAUUACUUCUCCUGGUGUGUAAUAUUGAUAUUUCACAUCACAUUGACUUAAAACUUUUUAGGGAUAGGGGGCAACAUUUUCACUUUGGAUGAAUAGCGUGCCCAAAGUGAACUGCCUCCUACUCUGUCCCAGAUGCUAAUAUAUGCAUAUUAUUAUCACUAUUGGAUAGAAAACCCUCUGAAGUUUCUAAAACUGUUUGAAUGAUGUCUGUGAGUAUAAUAGAACUCAUAUGGCAGGCAAAAACCCAAACGGGAAGUGGGAAUUCUGAGGCGGGUCGAUUUUCAACUCAUCGCCUAAUGAAAUCCCAGUAAGAUAUGGAUUUGUUUGCACUUCCUACGCCUUCCACUAGAUGUCAACAGUCUGUAGAACGUUGAAUGAAGCUUCUACUGUGAUGUUGAGCCGGAUGGGGGCUGUUUGAGUCAGUGGUCUGGCAGAGUGCCAGGUCCUGGUCACACGCAUUCCAAAUGAUAUCUACUACGUUCAAUUACUUCUACAGACACAAAGGAAUUCUCCGGUUGGAAUGUUAUUGAAUAUUUAGGAUAACAACAUCCUAAAGAUUGAUUCUAUAGUUAGUUUGACAAGUUUAUUCGACCUGUAAUGUAACUUUUUGAAGUUUUCGUCCGACGUUCGCCUGGACCUGCAUGAGUGUUUGGAUGUGUGUACUAAAAGUAGCUACUUGGACAUAAAUAAUGGACAUUAUCGAACAAAACAACAAUUUAUUGUGGAACUAGGAUUCCUGGGAGUGCAUCCUGAUGAAGAUCAUCAAAGGUAAGGGAAUAUUUAUCAUGUAAUUCCGUAUUUCUGUUGACUCCAACAUGGUGGAGAAAUGUUGUUUAUAUCUGAGCACCGUCUCAGAUUAUUGCAUGGUGUGCUUUUUCCGUAAAGUUUUUUUUAAAUCUGACACAGCGGUUGCAUUAAGAACAAGUGUAUCUUUAAUUCUAUGUAAAACAUGUAUCUUUCAUCAAAGUUUAUGAUGAGUAUUUCUGUUAUUUGAUGUGGCUCUCUGCAAUUUCUCCGGAUAUUUUGGAGGCAUUUCUGAACAUGGCGCCAAUAUAAACUGAGAUUUUUGGAUAUAAAUAUGUACAUUAUUGAACAAAACAUACAUGUAUUGUGUAACAUGAUGUCCUAUGAGUGUCAUCUGAUGAAGAUCAUCAAAGGUUAGUGAUUCAUUUUAUCUCUAUUUCUGCUUUUUGUGACUGGGAAAAUGGCUUUGUGUUUUUUGGACUUGGCGGUGAUCUAACAUAAUCACAUGUUGUGUUUUCGCUGUAAAGCAUUUUUUAAAUCGAACAUGAUGGGUAGAUUAACAAGAUGUUUAUCCUUCAUUUGCUGUAUUGGACUUGUUAAUGUGUGAAAGUUACAUAUUUCCCAAAGAUAUUUUUGAAUUUCCCGCGCUGCCUUUUCAGCGGAAUGUUGUCGAGGGGUUCCGCUAGCGGAACGUGUGUCCUAGAAAGGUUAAAAUUCCUCAGAGAACAUACACAGUGCUCCCGUUGUCUUAUAUUGUUGACUGAGAAUGUGUUUACCUGUUUUUACCAAUGUACUAAGUAUACUCAAACAUAUAUGUGUGUGUUUUUAUUAGAAAACAUGAAUUGAAUAUGGAGUAUGUCAGUUUGAACAUAGAGUAGAUCAGAUUCCAUGUGUUUAAAUGGUUCUUUUUAAAACUUUGACUGUGUUUGUGUUUAUCUGGGUGUCUUUCCUCCAGUACUACAGAUAUAAAGUGAUAUUUGGAUGUGAUGCAUUUGUUCCAUUGUUUACAUUUGCACUGUUGGCCCACUGAUGAUUUAAUGACAUUAAAAUGUUCACUUACUCGCC